ACCAUAGAUUUACGAGUCGGUACAAGAAACAAACAAAGAAAGAAAGGAAAGAUACAAAGGAUCAUGAAAAGAUGGACAGCCUUUGCGCAAAAAAUUAGCCAGCUGCUCUGUCAAUAGCACUAAGUCGAGGCGUAAACAGAAAUAUUCCGUCGACUUUCUCUGUCUACUCCCUUAAAUGCCUAUUAGAAUAUUUUUAAUCUGCGUGUAUUAAAUUCUACUUUGUCUUUGUUUUGUUGCUCGAGUGGCCAUUUUUCUGAAAAAGUGUGAAGUGGGGAAGGGAAAAAAGGCGAAUACAUGUCAAAUAUUUCAAGGCUGCGGUGUGAUGAUUCUAAUUUUUGCAAACGUGAUAGCGAUCUCUGCAAAUAAUUUCACAGUCCUAUGUAACAGUGUUGUGUUUAGAGAUAACUUCGCGGUUGCCGUGAGUGAUCAAAACAAAGGUGGAUGCGAAUUUGACUAAAAAGAUGGGUUAUUAUUGUACUGUACCACAAUGCACUUCGCUAGCCGGCAAGACUAAAAACGUAAAGUUCCAUCGUUUCCCUCGCGACGUACCAAUGGCUGAUAAGUGGAAUAGUAUUCUGAAACGCGGGAAACCGUACACAAAAUACUCUAAAGUGUGUAGCCUUCACUUCACCCAAGCGGAUUACAAUGCCACAACAAUGGGUAAGAAUAAAGGUCAAUGGAAGACUCUGUCAAAGGACGCGAUCCCAUCACAGAAUCUCCCUAAACUGAACCCCGAUGGCACAGUGAUGGUAAUCAGGAAGAGCCGCACAGUCAAAUACAAGGAGAGCAAAAAAGACGAUCUAUCUAUAAGCUGUAAAACAGAAAAGUGGUCAAAUUUGAGCCAGACACCGUUGCCUUUGCCAUUGACACCCACAGAGGUCCUAACGUCGGAGCAGCAAGACAAUCAUUUGGCCUACCGACUGCACACCCUGAGCUCUAUAGCGAACGCUAUAGCACCGAACACGUCGCCGCACAACCAAAUACAGACAAUACAGAAAGCCAGCACUUCGCCACACAUUCACAACACUCCACACAACACUCCGCAUACCACUCCGCACAACACUCCGCAUACAACUCCGCACAGCACUCCGCACAACCAAGUCCAGACAAUACAGAAGCCGAGGAAACAGGACGCGAUAAUGCAGACCGACCCCGUACAGCUGGACGAGGAUGACCAACAGAACAGCUACAGCGAAUCUGAGAAAUCCUAUAAUGAUUCUUACGCGCAGCAGUACAGUGACGUCAAGAAAUACGAAAUGCCCAAAGACUUCUCGAAGACCACAGAGGAAUACAUACCGCAGACGAACGAUGAAGAAGAGUACAACAAAGGGGCGGAGAAAUAUGCUCUGGAGAGAAAGUGCACCCCCCAUAACGGUUACGACAAGAUGGACUACCCAAAACAGAUUAUAGAAAAUGGCUACCAAAAACCAGAUGUCUAUACUUUCAAUGAAAAAGACUACCAAAAUAGGCCCGAGCCAUACAGCUAUCCGUCUUCCUAUCAAGACAGUGUAGAAAUAUUGAGAAAUCAGCAGCACAACUUACAGAUUUUGCAAGAGCAACACAGAAUUACAGAGAAUCAGAAUUUUUUUAAUGAGAAUCACAUAAAGCAGGAGAUAGAUUUUGGCAAUGAGGAAGAGAAGUUUCUUUAUGAACGGAGUAAAGAGCAGAUUGACGCGGGCUCUCUGUACGAGAGCCAGAGGAGGGCAAUGGAGCAACAGAGACUAAUGGAGCAAAUCCAGCACCAAGUGAAGCAGGAGGAGCCAGAGUCGCAUAGCAGUCGUGAAAAUGUGAUGCAGCCCCAGGGCAGCCCAUAUUACUCCACAAAUGGACCUAGCAAUGUUGCAGGCGGCUACUACGACCAGUUGUCGCGACCGGGCCCGGAGCUGCUGAUCGCGAAGCAGAACGCUCUGGCGGCGCACACGCAGCUAUGGCAAAACAUGAAACGGCCUUUCUACUAUAGCGAGGGCGCGCCUUACAACGCACCGCAGCUGUUGCAGAGAUAUGAGGACUUAUCCAGAAUCCUACAGUGAUGACAGACAUUCCAAAGUUAUUAAAUACAAAUAUAUUAUUUUAUAUAAAUAUAAAAACUACUAAAACCUUACUUCUCUAAGCGACGAUAAUCUCUUGGUGAUUUAUUUCUAUAUUUUUUUUUGUUUGAUUAUUUUUAAAAUUGUAAAUAUUUCUUAAUCUGUAUUUUAAACAUUAUAUUGCGUCUGUUUGGUAUAUCGGCAAUCAUAACUUUGACAAAUACUGAUUUAAUUUUAUAUUAAAUGGUUAGUUUUAAAAAAAGUAUCUAAAUUCAGAUUUAUUUGCGAUUAGUAACUAACAAUACAAACCUUUUAAAAGUGUAAUAGAAGUUUCAAGUACUGGCAUAUUAUAUUGCACCAUACGUGCAAUAUUAAAUUUUCUUUUAUACCAUUGUAUCAUAUACAUAAUUAUUGGGAUAUUGAAUUUCAUAUGAGAAAUGCUUCGCAGGUUUCAUUUAAAUUAUAAGGUUGAAGCUCACUUAAGCGACACCGCACCGUUACGUAGUCGGUGCGCACUUUCAAAGCAUAAAAUGGCUAAUACAUCUUGCCGCAAUCUGGAAUUUGGAUGUUUUACGUAAAGCUUAUUAACAAUCUGUUUAUUCGAAUGUCCAAAUUUGACUUAUUUGCAUGAAGUUCCUAGUCGUGAUAUAGCCGGUACUUGAAUUUCGCGAUAAGAAAGAGCACUAAAAUUAAGUAAGGUGUAGUUGUUGGUUACUAAUUACUAAACAAAUAGAUAUAAAAAAUAAAUAAAUAGACGUCACGUCUGUGCAAUAUUUCGUCACCAAAAAUUAAAGUACUCUUUAAAAGAUAUAUAUCUUUUAAUAAGAAAUGAAUUUUUAUUUAUGCUGUUCAGAAGAAAAGUCUAUAUCUGUAUUGCACAGACUGAACUCACUUGUUGCAGUUUUUUUUUUUCAGAUUUUAUUCCUAAGCCUUUAAAAUAUUUAUUAUUUCUUAAAUAUGGGCGUCUACUGACUGGGUACCUAGUAAAAUAUUUUUAUUAUCAUAUUUUUUUAUUGAAUAAGUCAUGCACCAUAUGGUUUUUUGUGAAUGAAUUCUACAUCCAUUCCCCACAUUGCCUACUGUACGUAACUUUUCUCAACUAUUGCUAAAUAGAUUAUCUGUCAACUUAAUCCAAAAUUCACAUAAAUACAUAUUUACAACCACAGAAAUACUAUAAAAGAUUUAGAAGAAGAGUUUUAUAGAAUGUACAAUUUUGGGGUUUUGUCUGAUGUCACUGCAUAUUUUAUUCUUUACUCAAAUCGAGCGAUAUUAUGGUUAAAGCUUUUUGACAGUUCACAUGUACCUAUUCGGUCGACGCUUUAAUGAUCGUCUCGACCACUACGUAGGAUAAAUUCAAUUAUGUUUUUGAAUUUAUUACAAAGCUGUCAUAAGCUGAUAUUUUUUCAUCGAUGGAUUAUAUUAACACUAUCUUGAAUGUACGUUUGUCGGGGUUACGACAUCAAUGUGUGCGGUCCUAUGUAGUGGGUUAAGACCUUUGCAGUUUCGUUACGUUUAUAAGAUUGAUUUAUAGUAUAGUUUCGUUUUUUUUUUAUAUUCUCAAAUCUAUUUAUACAUGGAACCUUGUAGUUACCAUUAAUUUCGAUAUAUCCGCAAUCUUUCUACUCCAUCAUUUUCGACACAGCCAAUAGUGGAAGUUUUCUCUUUUGCUAAUGAAUAAUUUAGGUUCCAUUUAUCACUGCAAUAUUUAAGCGAAGAUGUGUACCGCUGUGUCGAUAUUGAUGGAACUGCAAUGGAGGAGGAAGAUAAAAUGUUUAGGAAAGUGAUAUUUUAUCGAAUUUACUUGGCAAUUAUUAAUGAGAGCGUAGCGUAAGUCGUAAUUUUUUUUUGUUUGUCACAAUCAGUGUUCGGUUAAUUUCGAUAUUAUGUAGAAUAAAAAUUCUUGCCAAAGUUUCGAAAAUAUGUUGCACGAUAAGGCCAAGGCGCAAAUACGAGGACUCGUAUAGCGACGAGAGAAUUUGUAUCUGAUUCAUAAAUCCAUAUAUUUUAUAUUAAAUAGAUGAAGAAAAAACAUUCGAUUGCUUUCAUAAAGUCAUUGUAAUUAAUAAUUACUUGAGGGGUGUAAAUUUGGUGGGGGUGUUAAAUUGAAAUGGCAUAUAGGGUGGAUUCAUUCGCCUUUGAUACACUACAAUUCAUAGUAUGGUAAUGUUAAAAACUUAGUUGUUAAACUCGCCUGGCGCUCAACAUAGAUGAAUCGUUUGAUAAUUUGUUUCAUAGAGAACAGCAAUUUUUGUAAAUUUAAAAACAUACAUACAACCGAACGUAGAACCUCCUCCUUUUUGGAUAUCGGUUAAAAAGAUAAAUAUAAUUCAGUCAGCUCACCUGUAAAAAUAAUUCACUUUGCUGGUGAUGAGAUCAAUUAAAAAUUGAUUAUCACCUACACUCUCGUCGCCUAUCGCAUGUUAUUGAAUUUUCGAAUAUUUUUACAUUAGCAAUAACAAAAAUAGUUUUGACUACAUUGUGAGGCGAAUGCUGAUCAUUACCCUUUUUCAAACACCCCUUUAAAAUUUACCACAUUCUCUCAGACUACUUUACUAAUGCUAAAGCUAUAUAGUAAUAGCGUUGCUAUUCGAAUUGUGUAAAAUGUGCGCGAGCCUUUAUAGAAAAAAAAAUAUUUCGUAGUAAAAACGACGAUUACUAUGCGUCACUCCAAAAGAAUUAAAAGGUUUAUUUUCAACUAUUUUGGUGUUAAUUUAUAAAAUUAAACAAUGCAAAUAAAAACGCACAUUUUAAGAAUUCACAUGUAUUCGUAUUUGUCGACGAGUUUUUAAUCUCAUCCGGAAUUCUCAAUGAAAAGCUAGUUUAUGUUACAACAUUAACAUCGAUAGUUUCAAGACUAGUCUGCCAUAUUCCGACAAAUUCUCCGUUUCUUUGCUGAUUGUUUUGUAAAACAAUCAUGAUAAUAACAUUUUAAAAUGUUAUUAAAUUAAAAUCGUUAUUUUUUUUUAUUAUGGGGACGUUUAUAUUGAAGUAUACCUAUUUACUAACAAACCUUUCAUUCUAUUUGGAGGUUACGUAUACUAAAAUCGUGUUUUGGACUUAUUUACGUUUUAGUCAUUUUAGAAUCUUAACGAUAUUUUACUUUAAAUUGAUUAAAGAUUUUUUUUGGUGCUGUUAAUGUAUGUUUUUUUUCCGAAUUUCGUGCAUUUUUUUUUCGUUUUAGAUAUAAAAAGCCGUAAAUGUUAUAUUCGAGUACAAUUUUAUGGGAUUUUUUACGCACACGUGUAGAUAAAACGCUAGCGGUUUUUUUUUCGAAAAAUUUUGUUAGUUUAAAAAAUAUAUUUACCGUAAUUUAUAAGAUAUUAUUAGAAACGCGGGAUGGUAGAGAUAUUUCGAAACGGAGCGUGCAUAUUUUGUUUGUUAUAUUUUUUAGUUGUUUUCUUUUUCGAAUUUUUCGUAUCAAAAUUGUGAUUAAAUGUAAAAAAAACGAUAUUUAUAUGACGAGAGAUGAAAAAAAUGUUUAUAUUUUAUAAAUGUGCGCUCUUUUUAGACCAAAGCUGUGAAUUAUUGUAAAGAUUGUUUAAGAAAAAAAUAGUUUUUCGAAAACGUAGUUUUUUAUGCGAACCAUUAAAUUAAGAUUUUUUUUGGUUUUUUAAUGUUUUUAGUAUAGUAAUAUAAUCAAAGAAAAUUUUAUUAAAUGUAUAAUUAUUAUUGUGAAUAAAAAACAUUUCAAACACAUAGUUUGUGUGCUAUUUUCGUGCAAAUAUUUUUUUCCCAAUAUAUUCUAGAGUCAAACUACGUUUUUGAAGAAACAUAAUAUGUGUUUUAUGAACAUUCCAAAAAUAUAUUUUGUUUUUAAAAUGGUUAAAAGAUGUAAAAGUUGACUUAAAUCGGUACUUACAGGUAUUUAAUUAGUUGAUUAAUUAAUUACCUUGAUUUUUCUAAAAUGAAAAUAAAAACGCUUUUUCAUUUAAAAUUUAGUAUUGCCUAUUAUAAUUAAAAUUGCCUGAGAUAAUAUUAUUUAUGAGCACAAAAGUAAUAGAUGCCAUUUGUUAUAAUAUAUAUAGUGAGAUGUUAUGACCUCUAGAGUUGUAUAAAUGUUUAUUAUCCACAACAUUUAUAGAUACUAUGUCACUAUUAUUUAUGAAACAAGUACACAACUCUUGGAUCAUACACGAGUUAAAGAUAGAAGAAUAGUAUAACGGUGCUAAAUUAUUGCUAUCAGUGUAAUCAAAAGGUGGAACGCACGAACAAACUUGAGUGGAUCUAUAAACAAAGCGUUAUAUUCUUAUAACAAUCCUUGGGUGGUCCUUGGAUGAUCCAACUGGCGCUAUAUGUUCAUUUCUUUUAUCUGACACUUAUAAUUUAACACUGCUUGUGUAAUGUUUAUGAAUCGUUAGGCUUGACGUCACUGUCGCACUUGAAUGACGUUAUUCGUUCCAUCGCCGACAAUAUACAAUGUGACUUUUAUUGGUUCGUUAAAAAUAUCUACUUAAUGUACUUUCCAAUUGCCUUAAAUAGCACACAGAUAGGUGCUAUCAUUUUCAAUUAUUAUUAAUUUUCGAUAAAUAUUUUUUUUUAUAAUAUCAAAGCUUUAAGUGUCUGAAAAAUUGGAUUAACACUAUUCUAAAAUGUCCAUUUAUCAAUAUGCAUAUUGCUAAAGCUAUGGAAUUUGUAUAUUUAGGGGUAGUAACAUCUCACUGAGUUCCUUGCCUUGACUUUUUUAAUUAUAUAUUGCGUUUUAAAUUUAUUAAAAAAAAAUCGAUUUUUCACGAUUGCCUGUGAAAUUAAACUGUGUUUUUGGAAUAUUCAUAGUGAACCGCAAUUUAGUCGUUAAGAAGAAAAGAUGUUAAUUGGUAGAUACAACAUUUUGUUUAUAUAUUUUUUACAGCAGUGGCCAUUUCAAAUAAAAUAAGUGGAAAAAAGAA